AUGUCGGUCCAGAGUCAGACUCGCAAAGGAAGGAUCAACAACCUUAAACUUGAUGUCGAAUCAGGAGCAAUCCCAGAACGCAUAUACGUCAGGUCUAAAAGAGACGAAGAAGGCGAUGAUGCUAGACUGCCCACUAUCGACAUGAACCAGAGCCCUUUUGACCUUCCAGACGAUGACGAAGAAGGGGAGAUAGGGGAGACCAUUCUAGAAGAGAAUACUCCAAUGGACGAACCGCCUCUCAGGGAGAUGCCCCAGGUAGAAACGGUCAAUGACGAUGAUGACAACAUCGCGAACCAUCAGAAGGACGAGCCUGAGAAAGGAUCAUCUAGUGCGGAGGAGCCAUUCAUCUUCAACAAGCGGCACAUAGACUGA